CUGGUGUAUUCGUUUCGCUUCCUGUUCCUGGUAGCCCAGUCGUGUAGUCACAAUCCUGUUCAGGUGUGUAAGAGGGGGUUGACUAGUGACGUUUGGAUACAAUGUUUCGCAAAGUUUUAUUAGCUAUGCCCACUUAAGAGAUAACGUUAGCAAGUUUAACACUGGUUUCUUUGUUUCGCUUCAUAUUCCUUGCAGUCAAGUCGUGUGUUCACAAUUCUGAUCAGGACAAAAAAAACAUUGUUCAACUUAAACAUGUUUACCUGGUGUUCUCUGCCUGUUGUUACUGUGUUGAAAGUUCCUUCUCGCGAACCGUAUACAUAACAGUUCAAGUUGAUCUUAAUUUUCGUCACGUAGAAAAAGAUCUACAGAAACGUAACCGCCAUGUUGUUUAGAAUGAUUUCUUCCUGGAUUUGUUUAACUCAGAUGUUGUUACUUCUAAUUCUGGUACCAGCAUUAUGCGACCUAGCGUUCAUGGGUGUUCAACUAGCGCCUACAUAUAGUUGGGUUCCGACCUUUACUUUUAACGAAACUACAUAUACCAACUUUUAUAAAUGUCUAGUUCAGAGGUACGAUAGCUGUCUCAUUACAUACGAAUCAUCUGUGAAAAAUGUGACCCACAUUGUGGAGUCAGGCUCGUCAAAUAUUUCAGCACUACCUGUAUACACAUGCAAAAACAGCGAGAGCACAGCUUCUAUAUUAUGCUCUAGGGAAGAUCAAUGCAACUGCAUAAUCAAUUCUUAUGAUUUUGCUUUUGUACGGAAUAAUUUUGGAGAAUACUUAUAUCAUCCUUAUUUAAACAACAAAACAAUAACGUGUGUUAAUCGCAAUUACACUUUCUACUUCAAUAAAUCUGAUGAAUUAACAACAACAACACAGAGGACAAUCGUACACGUUACACAAUCGAAUCCUCCACAUACGACGUCUACGCUUUUAAAAUCAACAUUUUCUUCCACCACUAACAACUCUUCUGCUCUGGAAUCUGAAGACGACAAAUUGCCUAUAGUUAUUGGUACCAUUGGAGGGAUCGCUUGUUUAGCUUCCAUUAUUGCAACUGCUGUGAUCGUACACAGACGUGUGCGAAAAAAUCAAUCGCUUCUAAAAUCAUCUCCUACAACUGGCAAUUCAUCAACAACAAGAAAUCCUAACAUUGACAGAGCUUUAUCCAAAGACAACGCCGGAGAUCAUAACGUUUGCACACAUAGUGACAAUGAUUAUAAUACUUUGUACAAUGGAUUUACAUAUUUCAAUACUACUGCUGAGCACGAUUAUAGUAGUUUAGACAACAACGAUCGUAACUUGCACGUGUCACCAACAACUUCCAGCCACUCAGAAGGAAAUUGUGUAACCGAUACUUCACAAACAAGUUACAUUAACAUCAAAACAAACAAAAUAUUGUAUAAUCAAUGAAAGAUGUACAACCAUUAUGGUCGAGGUUGUGAUAUCUCAACUGACUACACAAUAACAAGGAAGAAAAAUAUUGAUGCUAGUUACAACUUAAUCAUUGAUGAUAAAAAAGGAUACUCUCGAGACGGCUACUCUAAAUUAGGGACGAAACAAGAGAUUUCUAAACCGCGUACUAUGGGUUAACGAAAAUAAUCAAGAACAAUAACUUGCUUCCUAACAAGGGAUAAAUCUCUACCAAGGGUGGCUACUCUAGAACUAAGAGUUUUUAAAGCUCUGUAGCAAUACACAACAACAGGCAAAGCCAAUGUGCGAUCAGGACACUACGCCUAUCAGUAACACUAAAUAAAAUACAUUUGGUGAUGCGAAAUUUGAAAAAGAAAGUCGCGUGUGAAAUCCAAAAAUAUGGGUUAACCAUCUAUAAAAUGUAACCCUAGUACUCUCCACGAUAUGUAGGGUUGUUAGAUGUGUAAAAUGAUACUAUAUUUAAUAUGCCUUAUGAACAAACAUGAGCAAAACUAUUAGUAUGUUUAACACUGUCUAAUCUUGUAAUUUGUAACACCCUUGUAUGAAGAAUAAUAACCUAGGAUGCCAAAAGGAAGUAAUUUGCAAAUCUUUCACGCAAAAUUGUAUGAAGUGUUUUUCUUGUAUUUUCUAUUUUUUAAGCAACACCAUUGUUUAGUUCCUGUAAAAGCGAGACCAGAACCACAACUGUUAAAGAUUUCUGGCAAAACCAAUAUUAAGGCAAAAUAAUCGGAUGCUUGUAUAUUACUAGAUGUUGAUGUAUUCACUUUAUUGAUUUGAAUGUAACAAUAUAUUAACUGCAUGAUAUUCCAUAACUAAUACUGUUUUUUUUCCUUGUAUUCUAUGUAUUGAGGCAUGAAAAAGUAUUAAUUAUAAAAUGCAAUUUUGGUCGCUGAGAUUUUAUUUAAAACGACUAAUCAGAUUCGUUUAAACUUAAGGUUUGCAAUAAAGUAGCAUACAAUAGCAAACAGUAUAUAAAUGCACAUAAAUAUGUCCUUUACAAGAACAACCACAUACUAAAAUAUUGUUUGUGUAUUCUCAAUGAGAUGUAUACAUUCACUUUGUUUAAUUCAAGAUUGUUUGGUCUGGCGUACUUAUUUUGUAUAAAAUAUUUGCAAUAAAUUAACAAUACAACAGAUUACUUCGUAUAUGUACAAUAUGUACCCAACUAAUCCUUUUCGCUUAAUGUUUAUUAAACCACAACCAUUUGUAUGCUAAUCGGUGAUCAGAAGGUAAAUAAGAUACAUAGCAUAAGUUUCGCAUCUUUCAAAUCGUGGUAACUUUUUA